UGUAGUCCCUGCUCGGGGCUGCCUAGCCCCGUCAAACGGAAUUUUCAACGUAUUCUGACAGUUCGUUUGGACACACAAAUUCAGUCUCAUUUCUCAUUGAGAAACUUAACGUACAAAAUAUUUUAACAAUCAAAUUUUGCUGAAUAAAUAAUCUUUAACGAUGGCGAGCAUAACUCUAUUGAAUCCAAAGGCGCAAUUCGCUCGCGCCGCCCAAGCUUUGGGCAUUAACAUCACGGCUGCCACGGGCCUGCAGCGGCUGAUGGCCAGCAACCUGGGGCCGAAGGGCACCACCAAGAUGCUCGUCUCGCCGGCUGGCGACAUCAAGAUCACCAAGGAUGGCAAUGUGCUGCUGCACGAGAUGCACUUUUGCCAUCCGACGGCAUCGAUGAUAGCUCGUGCGAGCACCGCGCAGGAUGCGGCCACUGGGGAUGGCACCACGUCGACUGUGCUGCUGAUUGGUGAGCUGCUGAAGCAGGCGGAGAUGCUGAUUGCGGACGGACUGCAUCCGCGUCUGCUCACCGCUGGCAUCAUGCUGGCCAAGGAGCGGGCGCAACUCCUGCUGCAGUCCCUCUGCAUACCCAUCGAGGUCGAGCGCGACCCGCUGCUGGCCCUGGCCCAGACCAGCCUGAGGACCAAAGUGGACAGGAAUCUGGCCGACCUGCUGGCCGACAUCUGCGUGAAGGCCGUGCUAAGCAUUCGCGGCGAUGGCCAGACUCUGCUGGAUCUCAAUAUGAUCGAGCUAAUGGACAUCAAGCAGUACACGACGAUGGACACCCAGCUGGUGGACGGCCUGGUGCUGGACCACGGCGGCCGUCACGUCAAUAUGCCCACUCGCCUGGAGCAGGCCUACAUACUGACGUGCAACGUGUCGCUGGAGCUGGAGAAGACCUCAGUGGAUUCGUCCUUCUGCUACAAGUCGGCCGAAGAGCGGGAGAAGUGCGUCAACGAGGAGCAUCGCUUCAUCGACCAGCGCGUGGCCAAGAUUAUCGCACUGAAGACGAAGCUCUGCAGCGACAAUAAGAACGGCUUCGUGGUCAUCAAUCAGAAGGGCAUCGACAUACCCUCACUGGAGGCAUUCGCCGAGGCCGGCAUUCUGGCCCUGCGUCGCGCCAAGCGCCGCAACAUGGAGCGCCUGAUGCGUGCCUGUGGCGGCGAAGCUCUCCACUCCCUUGAAGAGCUCAGCGAGGAGCAUCUCGGCUACGCGGGCCUCGUAUACGAAAAGCAGCUGGGCGACACCAAAUAUACGUUUGUGAAGCAGUGCCGCAAUCCCACUUCGGUCACCAUACUGAUACGAGCGCCGUCGCGCCACCAGAGCGAGACCAUCAAGGAUGCCAUACGAGACGGCCUGCAUGCCAUACAGAAUGCCAUUGUGGACGCCUGUGUGCUGCCCGGCGGCGGCGCAUUCGAGCUGCUCGCCUACAAUGCGCUGACCAAAUCGAAGGCCGAGGUCAAGGGCAAGGCUCAGCUGGGCGUCCGGCUGUUUGCCGACGCUCUGCUGGUCAUACCCAAGACGCUGGCCAUCAACAGCGGCUUCGAUGUGCAGGACACCAUUGUGAAGCUGACGACGGCGGCCAGGGACUCGGAGCAGCCGAUCGGACUCGAUCUGGAGACGGGCGAGCCCAUGGUGCCGCAGGAGCGGCAGAUCUACGACAACUACUGCGUGAAGAAGCAGAUACUCAACUCCUGCUCCAUUAUCGCCUGCAACCUCCUGCUCACCGAUGAGAUCAUGCAGGCGGGCAUGACCAGCUUCAAGGGUUAGCGAGGGCUGCCACUACAUUUUACAUAUAUGUAUAUACAUAUGAUGGGAGUAAUAAAGGCUGAGAGGUGUUAAUUGAAAUUAA